AUGGCCGGUGAUAACCCAACAGCACGCCACCCAGCGAUGCACUUGUCCACGAUAACUCCGCCUCAACCUGUUCAACCACAAGAAAUGAUGACACCAGAUCCGAACGCAAAAUUUACACAUGGUGAGCAAGUUCGUGAGGACUUUGUUCCGAAGAAAAAUAUGGUUUUUGCUACAUGUGAAGAAGGCUAUGAGUUUUAUCGGCAAUACGCCAGGGAAGCCGGAUUUGGAAUUAAGAAACAUAAGAACAAGACGAUGUCACGCUUGUAUGCUUGCUAUAGGCAAGGUUCAAGUACAUUUUACAAGACGGGCGGGGAGCGCAAACUUGCAAAAAUGUCAAAGAGGGUUGGUUGCAAGGCUGCCGUCAAGAUCAAGCUGAAAGGAACUGAAUGGUUCUACGAGAAUGUAGAGUUGGAGCAUAACCAUGCUCUCAACCCUAAUCCAUGUGAGGUGAAGCACAUGCGUUCACAGAAGAACAAGGAUCCGGUAAUUAUGGAAUAUGUUGAUGAUCUUCAGCAAAGUGGCGUCUCCCCUAUCGCAACCAUGAAUGUGUUGGCUACCUUAAAUGGAGACCCUGAGCUCUUGCCAAUGAAUGACCGUGACCUAGAAAACAGAAGGGCGGCUAAUUUACGAGAGGAGCAAGUGGAUGAUGUAAAGAAGCUCAUGGCCUUCUUCAGUGAGUACAGAACACAUAACCCAAAAUUUUAUUACGAUAUUGAAUUCGAUUCAGCAGGGGUUGUGAAAAAUAUUUUCUGGAGUCAUGCUAGCUGCCAAGCUAACUAUGCCGAGUUUGGAGAUGUGGUCACAUUCGACACCACAUACAGGAGCAAUUUUUAUUGCAUGCCAUUGGGCAUGUUUGUUGGGAGCAACCAUCAUUUGCAGAAUGUAAUAUUUGGGUUUGUCCUCGUCCGCGACGAGACACAGAAAACUUUUGAAUGGAUCAAGACCAAGCUAUGGCAAAUGCUCUUCAAGCUGUGUUUGUGA